ACGCAGCUUGGUAGUAUUAUGGAUUAUCCAAAGCCACCCUUUCCCUCCCUCCCCACCACCACCCAACCAGCCAAAGGAUAAAGAAGAAGGAGCCACCUCCAAAAGUAUCCGACUUCAAUUCAAAGAUGAUAAACCUCUCAUCCACCCCAACGUUCUUCUCUUUUGCCCCCUCCUCUCCACGCCCCCAACCCUCCGCCAUCUCCUUCUCCCUCCUCAAACCCUCCUACUCCCCUCCCCCCAGCCUCCAAUCCCUCCUCUACCCCUCCCGUCGCCGCCGCCGCCGCCGCCGCACUCCCUCCGCCCCCCGGGCCAUCGCCGCCGGCAGCCUCGAGGGCGCCCAGUCCGUCCUGGAGGCGGCCUCCGUCCUGGCCGCUAUCAUUCUCGUCCACGAGUCCGGCCACUUCCUCGCCGCCAGGCUCCAGGGCAUCCACGUCAGCAAGUUCGCCAUCGGCUUUGGCCCCGUCCUCGCCCGCUUCUUCGCCAACGGCGUCGAGUACUCCCUCCGCGCCUUCCCCCUCGGCGGCUUCGUCGGCUUCCCCGACGACGACCCCGUCAGCGACAUCCCCCCUGACGACGCCGACCUCCUCAAGAACCGCCCCAUCCUCGACCGCUUCCUCGUCAUCUCCGCCGGCGUCGCCGCCAACAUCGCCUUCGCUUACCUCAUCGUCUUCACCCAGGUCCUCACCGUCGGCCUCCCCGUCCAGGAGGGCCUCCCUGGCGUCCUCGUCCCGGAAGUCCGCCCCGGCUCCGCCGCCGCCCGCGACGGCCUCCGCACCGGCGAUGUCAUCCUCGCCGUCGACGGCGCCCCGGCCCCCUCCGUGUCGGACGUGGUCGACAUCGUCAAGACGAAUCCGAAGAGGAACGUGGCGAUCAAGGUGGCGAGGGAUGGAAUGCGAUCGUUGGAGUUCGAUGUCGUCCCCGACGAGAGCUCCGACGGGACCGGGCGGAUCGGCGUCCAGCUGUCGCCCAAUUUCAGGCUUUCCAAGCUCCGGCCGAGGAACCUCGCCGAGGCUACGACCUUCGCCGGGAAGGAAUUCCUGGGCUUGACAUCCACUGUCUUGGAUGGUUUGAAGCAGACAUUCUUGAAUUUCUCGCAGUCCGCCGGGAAGGUAUCGGGCCCGGUGGCCAUCAUUGCGGUCGGGGCCGAGGUGGCCCGGUCCAGCUCCGACGGGCUGUUUCAGUUUGCGGCUAUUAUCAAUCUUAAUCUUGCCGUGAUUAACCUUCUUCCGUUGCCGGCGCUCGAUGGCGGCUCCUUGGCUCUUCUGCUCGUGGAGGCUGCUAGAGGUGGAAGAAAGAUUCCCCGGGAGGUGGAGCAACGGAUUAUGUCGUCUGGGAUUUUGCUCGUCGUUAUGCUCGGGCUCUUCCUCAUUGUUCGCGACACUCUGAAUCUUGACUUUAUCAAGGAAAUGUUGUGAUUAGAGCUCUGGAUUGCUGGGGGAACUCAGACAUCAGAAGGUCAGUGGUUAUCAGACAGCGGAUUCGCUGUUCUCGGGUAAAAUGUUUCCUUCUUCCCUUUCUUGCUUUACUUUGAACAGGCAAAGUAUGUGUUGUAAAUUAGCAAAAAAUAUUCUUGAGGAAAAAAGUGCACUAUUUUGUAGCGCUGGAAACAAGUUCAUAUAUACCUGCAAAGGGAAGUCAAUUAUUUUAUACUUGCUUUUUGGCUCAA